AUGCCGUCAGGCGAGCGGAGACUACGGAGGGAAUCCGGGACGCCAGCAGUGGCCAGGCGCCCCCGUUCGCCCCGCGUCCCCAGGAUGGGCUGUGGGCCGGGCCGCCCUGCCUGCCAGGCCCCGUCCCAGGCGGCCGCCGCCGCCGCCGCCGCCGCCGGCUCGGCGCCGGGUCCCGAGGGGCCGUACCUGGAGCCCGGCGCCUCCAGGGUGCCGGACGUGCUCUCGUCCCUGGAGCGUCUGUCCCAGGCCACGGGGGGCAUGGAGAAGUCCUGGUACCGGUGCAUCUUCCCCUUCGGCAUCAUCUCGCUGGUGAUCGGCGUGGCGGGCACGGGGGUGACCUACACCUACAACGACCUGCCGCAGACCAAGGUGGUGUCGCUGGUGCUGCUGGGGGCCGGGCUGCUGCUGGUGCUGCUGGCCGCCACCUGCUGGACGGUCCACGAGCGCAAGAAGAGGAAAAAGAAGGAGGGCGGCUCCUUCACCUCUGAGCAGUGCCCCCUCUGAGGGUGCCGACCCGGGGCCGGACCGCAGAGAGCUGGGGGCCCGGGGGCCAGCGGCCGGGGGGGGCCAGAGAGAGAGAGAGAGGCCGAGACCGCCCCGGAGUCCGGAGGACACGCCAGAACUCUCUUUCCCCCGCCCUUCAGACCCCUAAAACAUCAGACGCGACAAGUGACCUGUUGGAGGAUCCUGUGGGAGAUCUUUUUAAGGGAUCUGUUGGGAGAGCUUUUGGGGAUCCUUUAGUCGAUCUGUCGGGGGAACCUUUGAGGGAACUUUUGGGGGAACUUUGGGAGAUCUUUUGGGGAUCCUUUAGGGAAUCAGUUUGGGGAUCUGUUGGGGGAUCCUUUGGGACCUAUUGGGGGAUCCUUUGGGAGAUCUGUUGGGGGAUCCU